GAAAGUGAAGAAUGGCUAAAAUUUAAAGACAGAUGUGGUAGUGAAUUUGAUUAUAAUCAUCGUCUUUCGGCAACUAAAUAAGGCUUACAAUUUAGACUAGACAGACGCCUGGAGUAACGAUAGUCCGAAACAUCUAUAUGUAAGCCUAUGGAAGAUAUUCCAGACCAGGCUAUUAUUAGUCCCUACGUCAAAACCUAUAUAUACAACACGAUAAGAUAUAAUACACACGUGAUUUUAGUUGUUGCACUUCACACCUGGGUUUAACCUACUUUCGUUUUGAAUACUUGCGUUUUGGAUACAUAUGGAAGAUUGGUCUGUAAUGGAGACCGCCGAAGGCGAACCGGAAGAAGGCAAGAUGAGUAUGCUUGUUGGCACCAUACCCAAUGCCAGCAUGAACAUCACCAUGGCCUCCCUGUCGUCUAUGACGAUGGGGGUUGAUCAACUCCAGUCGAAGUUCCUCCGCUGCCACAACUGUAGCAAGCCGUACAACUCUGACGAUCAACAUCCCCGUCUGUUGCCAUGCCUACACACACUGUGCUACAAGUGUGUCAAGGAAAAGGUGGAGAACAAGAAGAUUGUGUGUCCCAAAUGCAAUGUGGAGCAUAAGUCGACCUCGUCUGACAUGAGAGAGUUCCCUCGCGAUGACACCAGGGAGGAUUUAAUGGACUUCGUCCGUGUGCAGAACGAUACAAGCGGUGUUACAUGUCAGUCGUGUGGAGAGGACAGUCCAGCCACACACAGGUGUCAGGAGUGUGGAGAGUUCCUGUGCAGCAAGUGCAAGGAAGCUCACAAGAGGCUAAGUGUUACCAGGUCACAUGAGCUUAUUUCCAUGGAAAACUUGAAGAAGGAGAAGACUCUGGGUGCAUUUUCUCACCCCCAGAAGUGUCCUCAACACCGUGAGAAGUUCAACCUGUACUGCUCCAAAGUCGAAUGUCAGAAGCCAGUCUGCUACGUCUGUGUGCUGUGUGACCACAAGGAGACUGAUGGUCACAAAAUAAACAACACGGAUGAAAUUAGCAACAAUAAGAAACAGGACAUAAGUAAAGAAAUGGACAGCCUGAAGAAAGCUGAAGAGCGGGUUACCAGCGUCAUCAGAGAUGUCGACCUGGAGACAACAGCAGUGGGCGAGAAAGGUCGUGACGUUGAAAUGCAAAUUGACGCUGCCUUUGAUGGAUACAUCAAGAUAUUGGAGAAGCGCCGGGAGGAACUUAAGAACAAGGUAGCAAGUCAUGUGGACCGAAAGACAAAGGUCCUGGACACCCAGAUGAGUACGUUGACUGCUCACAGGAACCAGAUCGAGGAGGCUAUUUACUUCUCUGAUCAGGCUUUGGCGUAUACCAAUUCCUCGGCUCUCCUCCAGAUAGAAAAGACCAUUAUCAGGCGCAUGAGAUCACUCAACCAGCAACCCUUUGAUAAGAUGCCACACGAGACAGCUGCUCUUGGUUUCUCACACAAGGGACUACAUGCAGAGAUACAGAAAGAUAUCAUCGGCAUGGCAUCUGUUUGGGCCUCUUCCAUCUAUCCCCCGAAUACCAGAAUUGAACAGGAAGGUGAUGCCAUUGAGAAUGAGAUUGUGACCUUCUUCGUUUUUACAGCGAACUUUCAAGGUCAAAAGUCUGAUGACCGAGUGGGAGUUAUCUCGGCACGUGUCAAGGGACCCAAAGGUGUAGAGAACAUGGCUCGUGUAGAUGAACGCCUCUCGGGCUCGGAGGACCGGUUCCGUAUCAGCUUUGUCCCAUUUGAGUCUGGAGAGCAUGUGCUUGAAAUCCGGAUUGUGGAUCGUCCGAUCGGCACCUACAGGUUCCAAGUGAUUGCAAACACAGAUGUCAGUGUUUCCAACAUUCCAACAGUAAUCUUGCAGAAAGCAAAACUACCCGAGUUUUCUUUUGACCGUGCUCGAGCCCAUAGAGAUGUGACUGUUUCGCCUGAUGGGAAGACUUUCCUGAACUCUGCAGCAGCAGCUGAACCAGCUGGCCCCAACACAUUACAGAAGUAUAAGGGGGCUAUGAGUACUGUUCCCAUACAAGCUCCGGGCAGCCAUUACUACGAGCUCAAUGUUCGCUACAAGAUCCGGCGCCCCCUUGAGAAAUGCAAUCUUGUAUUUGAGAUCGGCUUGGCGCGUGGUGUAGUGAUCGACAAUCGGCAUCAUGUAGAAGGUCAAACCUUUGCCUGGUCACUGAUUGGUGCACAUCACAAUGAUUGUGACAAGAUCUGCCUCCACAUCGCCCAUGGCAACCAGUGCAUCUUCCAUGACAGUUUGUCAAAGAAUGAGGCUGGAGCCACGAUGAGCCGUAACUUCGGGUUUAUGGUGGAUACAGACAAGCAGGAAUGGAAGAUCUUCGACAGCGCUAAAGGGGAGCAGAUCUGUGUGAUCGAUGCAGUGGAUGGUUCAGAGCCACUUUAUCCUGUCGUCGCCGGCUACAACCCCUUCCAGGUCGAGGUCACCAUGAACCUGCGUACAGGAAGUGCUAUCAACCAAGAGUAGUAUAGUGAUCAAUGGCAGACUUUUUCAACUUCAAGACCAAGACGGAGUAUUGACAUUGAAAUUAUAGAUCUUAGGAGCAAAUAUAUUGACCAGACCAGUACGUUUUCUGGUGGUGGUUGUUAAGAUAUAUACUGGCUGUUUCUGUAUACAGCGUCAGCAAGCUCAGCAUAUGAUGCUUAUUUUUAAUGUUUUCUUAUCGGUAAUUCUGAGGCAAUCAUACAAUUAUAACCAUCAAUGAAGAGCAAGUAAGUUUAUAUAAACUAUAUAUCACCCUUGUAAAAUACUAGCUACUUUCUACCGUAAACUUCUGAAAUGUAGACCUGUCCGAGCUAUAUUGGUAUGCAACAUGUCUACAAAGUUUGAAUUCAAUCAACCCAAGGGAACUCAAGUUAUUGCACAGAAACCUUGUUUCAGACAAUGCCACCGCCGACAAAAUAAUACUUAUAUAUGUCGCCUCAUGUUGCGGGCGACACAAAGAGUUGAAACAGUCAGAAUUUGUUUUUUACUAACGGUGGUACUCGAUAAAUAAACAGGUGAUAAACACCAAAAUUGACUUAUUAACCCAUUCACCCCUGAAUGUCAUAAUGAACUGUUCCAACCUUUGAA